AUGGCCAAGAAGUGCUCGCACCCCGCAACCUCACGUUGCUACGUCCUGGUGGUCCUCCCAGGUAUUUUCUUGGAUUGGAAAAGAGAGAUUUCUCACCGAUCUCCUCGCACUUUCUGUGACUUGGUUGCCAUCAGCUACGAUCUGGUGAUCAUGGGUCGAAUCGGCGACAUCAUUGGUCCAUCAUUGCCAGGGCAGGAGAGAACCAUCCCAGUUCCAAAGAUCGAUGAUCCAAUGCCAUUUCCACACGUUGUGAGAUUUGUGGCUUUGCGUUGCUUUGAACCUGCACGGUUCUUUGCCAUGGCUGGACAGAGCUGCAGCCUCCCAGAAGCAUCGGGUCCAAAUCGCUCCGCUUCGGAAGAGGCCAAUCCUCCGUGGAUUCAACGGCGCACCCAGGAAUACAUCGAUGCUGCAGUGGCAUUGGUGAACGCCGCAAACGGCAACGCAAACGGCAGGGCAAUGGAUGUGAUUCCCAAAGCCUUGCGAGUUGCAGGUCUUGCGAGUCAACUUCCUGGAGAGAGGGCUGAGGAAGCCAACAGAAGGGAGCGGCCCUGGCCUUCGGACUUGAUGAAGUUCGCCAUGGGCGCUGAGAUGUUUGGAACUGAGCUGAGCCAGGGAGUUCAUCACCUCAUUUUGGGGCCUAAUCUCAGAUACCCACCUAGGGCCCCUCAGGGCCCUGCAGUCUGCAGGUGUCUUGGGCACGCUGAUGGCAGCACUUCAGAAACGUCGUCUCUUGCGGACGGCUGCCAGUGUUCGAACUCACGGGUGAGUGCGGCCAUGGAGGCUUUUCUGGACCAUAUGGGGAUGAGGAAGAACAGGAGAUGCAAACAAAGAGCUUUGCUGACGUGGAGAACCCCGGAAGGAAGCGAAGAGCAGAGCGGUUCAGAGGAUUCAGAGAUGAAGGGGAAGAUUGAAGCCUUGGCGAAACAGACCAGGCGAUGGUCGUAG